AUGAACGGCGUUAUCGAGGCACUGUACCUCUAUGACGAUCAUAGGUAGGCCAGAUCGCAUUUCACCUGACAUUGCGCCGUUUUCAGGCCUCCCAAGCUGACCAUGUCAGAAAUGUUCUCCUCUCACAUACCUACACAGGGCGGCCACUCUCCGCCAACUCGAUACUCUCUCUCUACCUAGAGCAGCCGGCCCCUCAACCGAAUCUGAUAUACCUCCCUAACACCAACCCGCCCACGCUUCUGUUUAGCUUAACGCAUGCGAAUCUUCUCUGUCUUGUAACCGCAUCAUCUGAGAUCGAGCCUCUCCUGGUUUUGGAAUUUAUGCAUCGAGUGAUAGAUGCGUUGGAAGACUUCCUUGGUGCCCCCCUGCUAGCCGUCAACAUCGAGAACAGCUACGAUGUGGUGGCUCAGAUUCUUUCCGAAGUCUGCGAUGCAGGCAUGAUCAAUACAACGGAGCCCAAUGCGCUCCGGGAAUUGGUCGAAAUUGAAGGGUGGAUGGGCAAGCUGCUUGGAAGCAUCAACCUUCCCGGGUAUGGCUCGCUCGCUCCUUACAAUAUAUGCGGCGUGUAGGCUGACAGCAAGCAAAGGAAAUCACCCUCCCCUUCACCUUCGAGCGCGAUCGAGUCUCCGUUCUCUUCCAACAGUGCACCGGCAUUACCGUGGAGGCGACCAAACGUGCGCCACACGUCGAACGAGAUGUACGCGGACGUUGUCGAGACGCUGUCGGUCACUCUCGCGCCCUCGGGCAGGCCCAUUUCUGCUUUCGCAAACGGCACGAUUGCUUUUACCUCGAAAGUCUCCGGAGUGCCUGAUAUCACUCUCACACUGACCAGCCCUUCUGGGAAGCACAACAUCGGCGGCAUCAUGGAACUUCCAGUAUUUCACCCUUGCGUGCGGCUGAAUAGGUGGAGAGAACGGCCUGGCGAAUUAAGUUUCAUACCACCGGAUGGACGGUUUAUCCUAGCGGGCUACGAAGUGGACUUGCUCCCAUUCACUGGUGGGAAGAGCGGAAACAUUUCCAAUAAUCUUAAGCUGCCGGUCAGCCUGGAGGUAAAAUCUGGACUUGGCGCGACAGGAGCCGAUUUUGAAAUCCGACUACAGGCUCACAAGGUAUUCGGAACAUCAAGCUCGGGCAUAGGGAGUCAACUGGGAAGAGGAGGGCCUGGACGACUGGGCGCUGGGUUGGGCGCUGGACUGGGCGCUGGACCUCAAGCAGGAACGGCCGCCUCACCACUACUCGACGACCUCACAGUUACGGUACCAUUGCCCGCAGGGGUGAGGAACUUAUCAGAGGUUCGCCCCAGCAAAGGUGAUGCGAGCUUCAACCCAGGAGACAGGGUUUUGGAAUGGCACAUCCCCGCCAAGGAGAUGUCCGGCCCUACAUCCUACUUCGGGUUGCGAUGCACUGUGGUUGGCCCCGUUACUGAGGAGGAAGAUCAUGAUUCUGAUGCUGGCGGCCUCGGGUUCAAUACUGAUUUCCCCUACAACGAACCUUACCAGAGUACGUCCUCAGCGAAGGCUGAGCGUGAGCCGAAGGUCGAUGACAAGGAGAGGGAUGCGAAGAAGGUCGCACAAAACAAGAUUCUGAUGCCGACAUCAGCCUCAGUCAGCUUCUCUGUCAAGGGAUGGCUGGCAAGCGGUCUUAAGGUAGAGAGCAUUGUGCUUGAUAUUCGGAAAAGUAGGGGAUUGGGUGAGAGUGUCAAACCGUACAAGGGUGUCAAGUAUUUGACAGUGAGCAAGAAUGGGGUGGAAGCUCGCUGUUGAAAACAGCUAAUGUAGCAAUAAUCAUGAAUAAGAGAAAAAAACAUCAUGCAAAUAUAUCGGACGUGAAAAUUGAGAAGAUCGUCCGACCAUGCCGUCUGAUCGGAUGCCGAUACGCAAGGAGUCGAAAUCUGGAAGAAUUUCGACCAGGGGAAGACCACAUCCACCCGACCCCAACUUACGACCCCCAUUCAGCCCACUUCUGGAUCUCCAUUCUCGUGGGAUUUCGGGCGGGAUUGCCCUAUAACACGCUGUCCCAUGGGGUCGGUCACCCUAAGCUGGUUGGCUGGUCUCGGCUAUACGGAGUCUAAUUGGCGCGGUUUCUGCGGUUUGUGUCUCAACACAGCAAUUCUGGGCGAUAUGAUUAGCCCGAGGCGCCGUGCGCAUUUCCGUCUCCCCUCCGACGUCACAUAAUCCGAGACCCCCCAACGGCAACGAGCCCUGCAUCUUGAUCCCACUCCCGUAGACUCCCUUCCCUCCAUUGAGUUCUCCCCCCCAUCAGACGGAUGCGGCAUAAUGAAUAGUACCUCGCUUUGGCGGCCCUGUCUCCCUAGUUAGUGGCUGAUCGGCCAUGAUGCGGACUGCGACCAUCAAGCACGCAUGCAGUGGGUGUGCUCCGAGCUCCAAUCGUGGACUCGGGCGAGGCUCUCUGCUCCUGCCACCUCGAUACCGACGACCCGAAGGCCUCGCCCCAAGUGCGCCUGUAUGCAGUAGGGGACGAUGGAUUUCGACACAAUCCAAGCGCCCGAAGACGGCCAUCUUCUUUCCAGGUUGGUUACUCCGUUGGCCCGGGCCCAAUUGGAACUUGGUCGCGUGGUGAUGGACUCGCGUCGCUAACAUCCGCUGGCAGGCCACGGCGUGCAGCGAGUGGGCAUGCUCAGCCCGUGGGUUGAGGCUUUCCCGUCGACGGCGUCCCAGAUCAUUCAAGAGAUAGACCACACCCUCGGAUACAAACUCACAGACAUCAUCCAGCAUGGGCCAUCCCGGACCCUGACUGAGACGACCAACUCACAGCCCGCCAUCAUGGCCACCUCCAUCCUCAUCCUGCGCAUCCUCGAGCGAGAAUUCAACUUCAAGGUCGAGGAGCAGUUCGACUUCACACUCGGCCACUCCCUGGGGGAGUUUGCGGCGCUCAUCGCCGGCGGCUACAUCUCCUUCGAGGACAGCCUCUACCUGGUGCACAUGCGCGCCAGGGCCAUGUCGGAAGCCACCCGGCGGGCGGUGACGGAGUACGGCGGCGAGUACGGGAUGAUAGCCGUGAUCACCGAGCCGCCCUACCUGAAGAGCCUGAUCAAGACGAUCCAGGGCUUCGUGGGACCUACCAGGGCCGGGGACGAGGCCUCGACCAGGGAGGACCUGCCGCCCAUUGAGCAGGUGUCCAUCGCCAACAUCAACAGCCAGAACCAGAUCGUGCUCAGCGGCAGCAUCGAGCGGAUCCGGAUGCUGAUUGCGCACGUGCGGCAGUUCCUGGGCCACGACCCCCGGGCGGUGCGCCUCAACAGCGACAGCCCGUUUCACAGCCCCAUCAUGAAGCCGGCGGUCUCGGUCAUGCACAAGCUGCUGAGCCAGAAGAGCAGGACGCCGGGGAGAGAGAAUGAAGACAUAAUUACCUUUCCCGGGCGGCUGCCUUGUAUCAGUAACGUCAAUGCGCGAGAGUUUCAAAGCAAGGAGCAGUUGAAGGACCUGCUCGCCCGCAGCUGCCUCGAGACCGUGCAGUGGUGGAAUAGUAUCCGGUAUCUCGACCAGGAAGUCAAGAUUCGACGCUGGGUAGGGAUUGGGCCGGGCUAUGUUGGGCGCAACCUCGUCGGUAAGGAGGUGGGCAUGAGAGGAAAAGACAUGGUCAAGGGGGGCGGCGUGUGGGCUAUCACUGACCCUUCGGAGAUCGAGGAAGUUCUGAGAGGGCUGGAAGAGACGAAUAA